AUGGGUAAUUGUACUGCUGUACCAACAUUUCGUCGAACUUAUCAUGUUGCAAAAAAACAUAAUGAGAAUAAUAUACAACGUUCAACAGCCGAACGUGAAACUUAUAAAGUUUAUUAUAAUUCUUCGCCAGAUGUUGAAUCAUCUGUGUGGAUUGCACUAAAACAUCGACGAAAAUAUACACCAAAAACAAAUCAUAUAAAAACAACACGUUAUAAUAUUUUAACUUUUCUACCUAAAAAUCUUUUUGAACAAUUUCAUCGUGUAGCUAAUGUUUAUUUUGCUAUUUUAAUUGGUCUCAAUUGGGUACCGAUUAUUAAUGCUAUUUCUAAAGUGGUUGCUUUUAUACCAUUGACAGUUAUUUUAACAAUUACAGCUAUUAAAGAUCUUGUUGAAGAUUUAAAACGAUGGCGAAGUGAUGUAAAAAUAAAUAAACAAAUAGCUGAAGUUUAUGAUAAAACAUCGAAACGAUUUAUUGAAUGUAAAUGGGAAGAUUUAAGUGUUGGAAGUAUAGUUCGAGUACGAACAAAUCAAAUAGUACCAGCUGAUAUUCUAUUACUUUCUUCAACAUCUUGUGAAAGUACAUGUUAUUUAGAUACAGCUGCUAUUGAUGGUGAAACAAAUCUUAAACAAAAAAGUAUUCCAUCUUGUUUUUUAAAUUAUUCAAAAUCUGAAGAAAUAAAUUUUGAAUUACAAUGUGAUCCACCAAAUGAUGAUAUUUAUCAUUUUUGUGGUCGAAUUAUUUUCUCAUCAAAUACACAUAUUUAUCCAUGUGAUAAUAAUAAUUUUCUUUUACGUGGUUGUGUAUUAAGAAUUACAGAUUAUAUUGAUGGACUUAUUGUUUAUGCUGGUAAUGAAACAAAAAUAAUAAAAUCAUCUCGUCAAACAAUAUGUAAACAUGCACUUAUUGAAAGAUAUAUUAAUCGUGAUGUACUUUUUUCAAGUUUAAUAUUAACUUCAUUAUGUUUAAUUUCUGCUGGUUUAUCUAUACAUUGGGAUCGUUCAUUUGGUCAUCGAUGGAUCUAUGUUCCGUUUAUAGUAGAUAAUCCAUUUGAAAGUGUUGCUGGUCGUUUUUUUAUAAAUACUUUACGUUUUAUAAUAUUAUUUCAAGUAAUGGUUCCAAUAGCAUUAUAUGUUUCAUUAGAUCUUGUUCGUGUUUUACAAAUGUAUACAAUUGGACGAGAUAAACAUUUAAAAUAUGAACAUCCAAUUAGUUGUCGAACAUUUACAAUAAAUGAAGAUCUUGGUCAAAUAGGUUAUGUAUUUUCAGAUAAAACAGGUACAUUAACACAAAAUAAACUUGUAUUCAAAGCAAUGUCAAUUGGUGGUGUACUAUAUUCAGAACGUUCUGAAUUACCAUCAGAAAAUUCAAUAUUAAUUCAACAUUUUCUAACAGUACUUGCAAUAUGUAAUACAUCAUUUCUUGUUCAUGAACAUCAAGAAUUGCAGCAUAAAGUUGAUUAUCAACCAAGAUAUGAAGGUGAUAAUGCUGAUGAUCUUGUACUUUGUCAAACAGCAUCAAAUUUUGGUGUUAGAAUGAUAUCACGUUCUGCACAAAAUAUUAUUGUUCGUUAUAUUAAUUUAACAAAUACAGAUAAACAAGAUAUUGAAUAUGAUAUAUUAUGUUUAUUACCAUUUGAUUCAACAAGAAAACGAAUGUCAAUUAUUGUUCGAUUAAAUGAUCAAAUUUUUUUAUUUAUAAAAGGUGCUGAAACAUCAAUAUGGCCACAUUUAAGUAAUCUUAAUGAAACAAAUAUGAAAACAAUUAUUGAACAACAUAGUUUAAAUUUUUCUGAACAAGGUUAUCGAUCAUUAUUAGUUGCAUAUAGACAAUUAACAUUAAGAGAAUUUGAAGAUUGGUUUGAAAAAUAUCAACAUGCAGCUAAUUCACUUGAAAAUCGUGAUGAAGCUAUAUCAGAUGUUGCAACUGAAAUUGAACUUGAUUUAAUGUUAGCUGGUUUAACAGCUGUUGAAGAUAAAUUACAAGAUGGUGUACCAAAAACUAUUGCAACAUUAAGAUGUGCUGGAAUUAAAAUAUGGCUUUUAACUGGUGAUAAACAAGCAACAGCAUUAAGUACUGCACAAGCUGCAUCGUUAGUUAAUAUUCCUCAAACAUUAUCAUCUGGAAAUACUUCUAUAAUUCAUAAUAAUGCACCAGCAACAAAAGAAUGGGAUUUUAGUGCAUCAGCACAAGCUCACUUAAGUCAAUAUACUCAUAUGAUUUAUUAUAGUUCACAAUUAAUUGAAAUCGAUCAAAAAUUAAGUACUCGUAGUGGAGCUAUUUCAGAUGAAGUACGUACUAGUGAAACAAUAACUCGAAUGAGUGAAGUUAUAACUGCACAAAAAUUACCUGUCUCACUUGUUGUUACUGGUGAUGAUUUAAAUACAAUUCUUCGAUAUAAACCAAAAGAAUUUAUGAAAGCAGCAUCACAAUGUCAAUCAGUAAUAUUUUGUCGAGUAUCAGCAACACAAAAACGUGAACUUGUAUCUGCUGCUAAAUCAGUAUUUAAACAUCGAAUAUUAGCAAUAGGUGAUGGUGCAAAUGAUGUUGGAAUGAUUCGUGAAUCUGAUUGUGGUAUUGCUGUUUAUGGUCGUGAAGGUUCACAAGCAGUAGCUGCUGGUGAUUUUGCAGUUGAUCGUUUUGAAUGUCUUCGUCGUCUUUUACUUGUUCAUGGUGCUUGGUGUUUUACUCGAACAAGUGAAUUAAUUCUUUAUACAUUUAUGCAUAAUUGUUCAUAUGUAUUUGUUAUAUUUUAUCAUCAAUUAUAUAAUGGAUAUUCUGGUGUUGUUUCACUUCAUUCUUUAUACGUUCUUCUAUACUCAAGUUUAUUUACUGUUCUUCCACAAUGUGCUGCUGCUCUAUUCGAUCAACAUGUUCCAGCUGAACGAGCAUUACAUGAACCUCAAUUAUAUAAAUAUACACUUCAUGGAAGAUGUUAUCGAAUGUGGUCAUAUUGGAUAAAUAUUUUUGAUGCUAUAUGGCAAAGUACAGUCAUAUUUUUUAUUGCUUAUUAUACAUAUGAAAAUCAUGCAGAUAUUGAUGCAUUAGUAUUUGGUUUUUCACUGGCAUUCAGUAUGACAAUAACUUCAAUGAUACAUGUUGUCUUACAAACAACACGCAUUAAUAUACCAUUGAUAAGUUCAAUAUUAUUAAGUUUUUUGAUAUUUCUUGGUUUUACAUUAAUAUUUGAUGGAACUUGUUUUGAAUGUCUUAAUGGACAAAGUCCAUAUUAUGUAUCUUAUAUAGCAUUUCGUCAAGGUAUAUUUUGGUUCACAAAUUUAUUUACUAUAAUUAUAGCUAUGUUACCACGUUUUGUUGCUAAAUGUAUAUAUAAUUCAACAAGGAAUCCAUUAUUACGAAAUAAUCAACAAAAUAAUAUUUCAUCUUCAACACAGGAUACUCAUUUAUGA